AAAAGUGGGGAAAAUGAGACCAGUUUAUGCAAUAAGGGGAGGCAGGCGAAAACAGUGUGACACAGUGAAGAGGGUAACAGACAUACAAGCAACCAAGAAAUUCAAAUACACCAAAGAUAUUAGUAAAUCUUCAGACCAACAACAAAUAACAGAAUUCGAACCUGCAAUGCACACCUGUCAGAAUAGCAAUGACACAAAAAAAGACGUGGACAAAAUGACAAAAACAGUUUUUACUUCAAGCAAAUCACAGGGUGUCGAGGUGGACCAAAUUCAACUGGAAACUAAGAAAAAUAAGUAUCACAAGAAAACAGAGAAUAGAUCUCUCCGUAGAACAAUCAAAGUUGAAGAGUUAACCAUAGAUGAUAGCAAAUGCGUGGUUGAAAUGAAAGUUAGUGACUUUAAACGCAAAGAAUUCAGAGAGGCUAGUUUCUUUAAUGAUGAAUUGGAAGUCAAAGGUUCAACAAAGAGUUUAAGUGAACAAAAUUCCAGUACAGACAUGAGUAAGAAAGGACAGACAUCAGAUAUGACAGAUGAUAAACUAGAUGCUAAUAAAACAGCUGACAUCGAGGAGCAGUUAGGAAAACUUCCUGACUUUCUCUCUGAUGAUGAAAAGAUGGAUACCAAACCAGUUAUUAAACAGGAACCAAUGGGUCCAGUUUUGUGUGCUGCUGAUUUUGAUAGAUUAAGAGAGGUGAUCAGACACGAUACCUACACACACUGUGAUGUACACAAAUUGGAACGGAUGGAAAGAAAUGUUGUGUGUAUACAAUGCCAGCAGCUUAUUUGUGCUCUGUGUUUACUGAACUCUCAUCAGUCACAUGACAUACGCUCUGUCUCAUCAAUGAAUGAGUAUUUUGAAGUGAAGGGUACAAUAGAAGAGGAUGUGUCAGUACUACAACAGGAACAAAACAAUUUAACUGUCAUGUUUGCUCAAAGGAAAGAACUCAAGAAAAAAAUUGAAGAAUCAUCACAGAACUUGGUAAAAGAUAUUGGGAAACGAUUUGAUGCAAUUCAGAAUAUCUUACAUGCUAAACAAGAAAAUUUGGUUGCAUAUGUGAAACAGUUUGAAAGUCAGAACAUUUCAGAGUUGACAAGAGAACUUGACAAGAUCAGAGACUUAGAAAAUGCAGCAUCCAGAAUGAUCACCAGGGCUAUUACAUUUUUCUCAAAAAUUGACUUGACAUUAGCAACAGUACUUCCACAAGAGGUACAUGACGUAAUUGAUAAGUGUAAAUGUGCCAGCAUUGAAAGUUUACAGAACAAAGAGAAAUACCUGCCCGAGAGGAAAUUUUCUAAACUUUUACCUUCACUUGAUGCUGUAGCAAGUAUCUGUGAUACAAUUCAUGCAGAAGCUACGAAGGUUGUAUGGUCCAAAACUACAAAAAACAGCGAAUCUGAUGAAAAGAAAGCAAUAAAAGUAAAAACAGAGAAAAGAAAACAUCACAGUCAUUCAGAACAUUCAUCAGAUAAUUCUAAGACGUUUAAGAAACCGAAGACAGCUACAGUUACAACAGUAUCAUCUCAAUCAUCAGGGCCCAUAACUCCUCAUAGAUCAUCCACAGAAAAAUCUGAUAGUACAGAAACGGACAAAAACAAAAGGAAUACUGAGAAAUCAUUGUUUGAAUCACUAACUGAAAAUGUAAAAGAGUCUGUACAAGGAAGUAAAAUAUCACAUCACAGGAAAUCUGUUGAUGCUGCUACGAUACAGUCACCACGUCAUAGUACUGACCAUGAUGACAGCGAAUCAGAUAAGUCUGAUGCUUCAACUAUAAUACCACCAAAGUUGAAACUAGUAGAUAUGAAAGCAACCAAUGUUGAAACAGGGAAAUGUCUUAUGGCUAAAACAAGUGAAGAAGAUGGCCAAGGAGAAAAAAUGUUGCUAGGAAAAAUAUGUGGUAGUUCUAAGAUGAAAGAGACUACACAAUAUACAGUAAAUUGGUUUAAAGGUGAAGCUGGAAGGGACACUUCAUUUGAACUUAGAAAGAAACAAAGUCCAUUGCAUUCAAGUUGUGUUCUUUGUAAUUUUGACUUUGAUCAUACAAAACCUAUGUCUCAAGAACUGAAAAGUGAACUUGUACUGGCAAAGGAAUACCAUAACAAAAAGAAAACAAGGAAAAGAAAACCAAAAGAAAGGAAUGUGUCUCCAAGGAAGGAUAGAGAUUCAUCUAAAUCACAAACAGUUGUCAAGAAGUGAUAACUCCAAUAUUUAUAUCUGUUUUAACCAAAGUUAGUUUCUGAGAUGUUUGAUACUGUGGAUUGAUUUAUUUUUGUGAGUACCAGUUUUUGUGGAUUUUGUGGUUCACAUGUUCCAACCAAAUCCACGAAAAUUGGUAUCCAACACUAUAUAAGCCAAUCAUGAUGGCCAUCUGGUUGUAUUUAUCCCAGAGAAUAUCUGUUGUGAUAACAUUAUUAUUAGCUCAUCAGGCCCCAGGUUAGCUAUCAUUUGUCAUCCAUUAUCAAUUGUAUGUACAUCAAUAAUAUUCUAUUUUAUCAUACUGUAUAGCACUCUUAAAAGACUGCACUGGAAAUUGUUCUGUAAUCUCACCAGGUCAUGACCAAGUGAUGCUUCUUGAUGUCACGCUGUAGUUAUACACAACUUAAUAAUAUUUGAUUUCUCAAAUGUAAUGAAUUUAUGCAUAAAUGGUGCUGCAUCAACUGCUUUGCAUUUCAAGUUAUUAUUAUUCUGCCAUUUGUUCAAGUUUGGUUUUGGGGGUGUAUGCAAUGCAUGCAACUUCUUUUUGCAGUAACAAAGAUAUGUUGACCAUUAUACUAUUUAUACACAUAGAAGUUAGAUUUAUUUAUAAAGUUACUUUGAAAUAUACUUAUUUUAUGCAGUUCUUUAUUGAAGGUUAACUUAAUAUGUUUAUUUUCAUUAACUUUGACAAAUGAAUUAGGAGCUGGCAGAAGAGAUUUUGUUAAUAAAUUAUUAAUUUGUUCAUUUCGGGUUAUAUUUGUGAUAAAACAAAUCUGUGGUGUUAUUUUUUGUCUCCAUGUUGUUCUUGGUAUCUGCAUUUUGGGAGUAAAUUGCUUAUCAUUUAUCAUCGAUGGGUUAAAUUGUUUAUUAUUAAUCUUUAUAUGGGUUAAUUGUUGUAUUUUAAUUACUAGAAUUAAUUUCUUAUAAACAGAAUAGAUGGUCAGGUAGACAACUCUCAAAAGUAAUUCAUUGUGUUUUAUGUAUUGGUGAUACUUCCAUCAAUUGGUUCUGUUUCAAGACACUGAUAUUUAUUCUCAUUCUAAGUGCACUGGGCAUGUUAUAUUACUGAUGUCCAUCAACAAGGCUUUUAUAGUUACCCUGCAUUAAUAUUGAUUUUUUAACAUAAAUGAUUUUAAUUAAUGACUUUCAAAUUAAGUUUAUGUUCCAUUCUGGUUGACUAACUUUUGGCAGAAUUACAGUUCUUAGAUAUUGAAAUAUCCAGGAAUGUGUACUCAUUUUAAUUUUUAAUGUUAUUCCUGCAGAGCUUUCAGGUCUGUCAAAUAUAUCCACACUUUUAACCCACGUACACAGUGUUAUCAUUAUAUGCCCCUAAUACAGCUGUUCUGUAAUUGUAUUUUAGAAAGUUUGUAAAUCUAAACAAUUGGCUGCGCACAGGGCAUUUGUGUCAUACCAAAACAUCUAGUUUACAUUAUACGUUUAUUGAUUAAUUUUGAUUUUUGAUUUUGAUUUCUUCCUUUUCAUUUGUAUCCCUUGCUGGUAAAGGGAAACAAAGGCAAAAAAACUACUGAUGUUGAAAGGAGUUUAUAGUAAUUAGAGACUCGAAAAUUUUGUAUUUUUGCUUCAUAGAAGGAGUGUGAAUAAAUGGAUUACUAUACAAUAAUGUACCAUUCUUAACUGAACGGUACUUAUUAUAAAUUAUAUUUUGAUGUGUUUUCUAAGGUAAAGAAUGGAUUAACCAGGCCUUAUGGAAAAUACUUGUAGCAUUGUUUGUUUGUUUAUUGUAUUUGAAUAUAAAGUUAUUUAGUUUUAUAUUGUAAAGUUAUAUUUUAAAAUUGGGCAUUAAGAAAGAAUUGUUAUACACUGUCAUGUGACAUACAUAUUAUGGUAUACUUAUUCAGUCCAUCAAAUACAUUGUUCAUUCUCUUACAACUAAUUAAACCAACCUGCUGAUCAAUGUUAAAUUAUUUAUUGAUUUGUUCUUCUAGUGUAAUUGAACUUUAAUUAUUAAAAGGAGGAAAAAGGCUGUCAUGUUCUCAGGGUGCUUUUAUUUUUGUAAUGAUGUAAAUAUUAUCCUAAUUGUCUAUAAAUAUUAGCUGGUGGUCCAGUGAUAAUUGUAAAUACAAUGGUCUGAUAUUUUAAAUAACAGCAAGUUUUUUAUCAAGUUAAAUUUUGUGUGAGGUUGUUUGUGUGUUAUGUUGUGCAAAUGCAUACUCCUUUCAUUUAUCUUAUCAGUUUCAAUACACUUGAUUAAUUUUUUGCCAUUUAUAAAGAUGAAUAUUCAUGUUAAAAUUUCAGAUAAUGUGUUACUAAGUUCAAAGAUUCAUCUUGAGGGGUAUAAGAACCUCCUAUAAAAAUGUCUUUCUCUUCAUCUUCAACAUAUUUACACAAGUUAUUUAUCAAUAUUAAGUUUUUAAACAUGUAGAAAAAUCAUAACUUAAAAGUUAUGGCGUGUUGUUCACAUGGUUUUAGAUGUUUUAAGUUCACUAAGAUAGUUUUAGAAAUUUUUAGUUUACUUUGUUAGAUUUUAUAUGGAUUGAUCAAAAAGAGAAGAUCUGUUACAAAAUUUCCGUUAUUUUUAGAACAACCAAGAUUUUUCAUGAUGAAAGUUUUUAAAUUGAAAUGCUAUUUUUGUUUAAAAAAAAAGUUAUAAGCAGAGAUGGAUUUAUUUAUUACUGUAAAUUCAAAAUUUAUUGCAAGGAUUUUACUAAUGCGAGUAGCGAAUAAUGCGACUAGGUUAGUAUUGCAAUAAUAAUAACUCACAUUCUGAUAUCUUAUACAUAUAUCUGUAUGCAGACUUCGCAAUAACUAAUCUCACAUUUUUGUCCAUUCUCCAAAAUUGCAAUAAUUUCUGAAUUUACAGUAUUUGUUUAUGUAUUACAAGGCUUUAACCAGAAAAAAAAUAAUUUCAAUUGUGUGUUGCUUAUUAUCAUGCUAACUUGCUUUAAUUUAUAAACAGUCAGCUAAUUAACCUCAUUAGAAACAAAUUACUGUCUAGUCAUGAUAUGUACAGCUCGAUAAGGUUUGUGAAUGGAAAUCAAACAUUGAAUUUAUCUGUUAUUUUUGUAUACAAUUAUAAUGGGAAAAUAGAAUGUCAUUGUAAAGCAUGUAGUCUAGAUAUUGUAAUAAUUUAUAAACAGUCAGUAUAUUUUGUCUACUUAUAGUAAACCAUGUGUGUUUUUAAGUGUAAUUUGUGUGACAGAUUAAAUCGAAUAAAACUUUGGUAAAAACAG